CAAGCAAGAACAGCUUUAUAUUUCAACUUUGAGUCACAUUGGAAUCCAAAUGCAAAAGAUAAGACUCAUGGGAAGCCAUGGAAAUGAAGAUAAAGAAGGUAGAAGAGUUCAUAUAGUAGUGGUUCCAACGCCAACCCAAGGCCACAUAAACCCACUUCUCCAAUUCUCCAAGCACCUCGCUCAUCGCGGUCUCACCGUAACGUUCCUCGCCGUCUUCACCAACGUCGCCGCCAUCGACCUACCGACUUCAGUCACCCUUCAACAAGUAUCUGUAUUACCCUACGACGGUACCGACGCCGAGACUCCCAAAGCCAUUUGGGAACGGAUCCAAACUUCCAUACGUUUACAUCUCAUAGAACUCAUUGCUCGGCAUGAAAAUGGCAGCGAUCGAGUUGCUUGCGUUGUGUAUGACUCUAUGUUGCCAUGGAUUCAUGACGUUGUUAAAGAGCUUGGGGUUCUUCCUGCUGUGUUCUUCACUCAGUCCUUUUGUGUUAAUGCAAUUUAUUAUAAUGUCCACAAAGAAUGGAUAAAUGUUCCAUUGCAACAAAGCUCUGUUUGUUUCGAUCAUGGAUUUCCUGUUCUUCAGCCAUACGAUCUUCCAUCGUUCAUUUUCGAUCCUUCGAAAUACCCAUUUCUCCUCUCCCUCGCCACCGAUCAAUUCUCGCGGUUGAACGAUGAUGACUGGAUCUUCAUCAACACUUUCGAUUCUUUGGAACCGCAGGAAGGUGAAUGGAUGAGAAGGCAGCUUCCAUUCAAGAGCAUUGGACCAAUGCUUCCCUCCUUCUAUUUAGAUGGAACGUUGCAAGACGAUCGAUACUAUGGACUGAGUUUACUCGAAUCAAACACGGAUUCCACCAAGAGUUGGCUCGAUUCAAAAGACGAUAGCUCGGUAGUUUACGUGUCGUUCGGAAGUAUGGCGGAGGUCAAAAAGGAGCAAAUAGAGGAGUUAGCAUGGGGGCUAAAAUUGAGCAACAAAUUCUUCUUGUGGGUUGUGAGAGAAUCUGAGAUUCAUAAGCUUCCUCCAAGUUUCAUGGAGGAGACAACUGAGAAAGGGUUGAUAGUGAAAUGGUGUCCACAAGUACAAGUUUUGGCUCAUAGAUCGGUGGGAUGUUUCGUUACGCACUGCGGGUGGAACUCGACGCUCGAAGCGUUGUGUUUGGGAGUGGCGAUGGUGGCGAUGGAGCUGUGGUCGGACCAACCGACGAACGCUAAGUAUGUGGAGGAUGUGUGGAGAAUUGGGAAGAGGAUGAGAAUUGGGGAAGAUGGAAUUUGUAGAAGGGAGGAGAUAGAGAUGUGUGUUAAUGAAGUUAUGGGGGAAGAAGAUGGUAAUGAGAUUAGAGAGAAUUUGAGGAAGUUGAGGGAAAUGGCAAAAGAAGCCAUGGAUGAAGGUGGGACCUCCAACAUUAAUAUUUAUCAUUUUGUUCAACAACUUAUGAGGAAGACAUGACUAACAAAGGGUUCUUUGUUACGAACCCUUUACGUGUUUUUGGUCCAAAGAUGAAAUUUGUAACGAUCGA